UACUCGACCUUAGGCAGCGAAGUCCAACUCAGGCCCCAGAAAUCCGUACGUUAGAUCCCCCGCUCUCCGAACGACCUCGCCGAAAUUUUUUGAAAAUCACGGCCGGGAAGGCAGACGGAACGCCCAAAAAGUUUCCCCACGCGAAAUCGAACCCCUCGAAUCCCCACCCGCUCCGCCGCCGUCUACCGCCCGAGAUGCCGGCGAAGGACGCCUCCGCCCCCGCCCCCGCGCCGGGGCGCACCCCGCCGCCCUCCCGCGGGGCGGCUGUCGGCUCGCGGGUGCUGCUUCAGUCGCCGCCGCCGGCCUUCCCGCUCGGCUCCAACGACGACCAGCUCGAGCGCGCCCGCGCCCGCGCCGCGGCGCGCGCGGCCUCCGUCCGACGUCGCUCUCUCGCCGCCUCGCUUGCUCCUCCUUCCUCGGCUCUGCACCACAACCUCCUCAACCGCGACCAGGUCAUGGACCUCUUCCACAACUGCAUCAAGCUCGCCUCAGAGAACAAAAUCAACCAGAAGAACACGUGGGAGCUGGGGCUCAUCGACCAUCUCAGCGAGAUCAUCCAGGCGGGGGAGGAGGACGACGAGACCAACUUCCAGAAGGCUAGCUGCACGCUGGAAGCGGGGGUGAAGAUCUACUCGCUGCGCGUGGAUUCGGUGCACUCCGAGGCCUACAAGGUGCUUGGCGGGAUCAAUCGCGCCGGAAGGGGCGAAGAUGCUGAUUUGGAAGAAGGUGGCAAUGCAGAAGCUGCACAAGAAGACAUCAGUAAAAAGGAUGCUGAUAGGAGGAUUUCACCUGCUUCAACGUUGGAGUCCUCAUUCGAAGCCCUUAAUGUAAAGAAGUUUGAUGUUGCUUUCACGGUGGAUCCUCUAUACCAUCAAACUACGGCUCAGUUUGAUGAAGGUGGGGCGAAGGGUCUCUUGUUGUAUAACCUUGGAGUAUACGGCAGUUGCCGUGUUGUGUUUGAUUCAUUUGAAGCACCGGAUAAGUGCAUCUUAAGUGAUAUGCAAACUGAGAAAGCUGAGGUGAUUGAUCUUUCAUUUGCUAAAGAGCAAAUUGAGGAAAUGGUCAGUCAAAUGCCUCUAUGCAAUGAUAUCUCUCCUACUCUGAGGGACAUUGUGGCUCAGUUUGAUGAAGAAAACCAAAGGCCAUCACAUGGAGUAUCUUCUGGGCAAAUGCCAAUAAUGGAAGAUCAGUUGGCUGACGGUAACGGUGCAGACAAUAAUGAUAACGUACUGCCAGAUUCUGGAACUUGGGAUUUUGGUGGUUGCGAUGACCAUGAGGAUGCAUACGAUGAAGAUUGCAACCCGAUGGGUUCCAACUCAAAAAACUAUCAAGAGGAAUUUGAUGAAUACACUGUUGAGAUUCCUCAGGGUCCUGUUAUAGAUGAAAGGCUUGACAAAAUUGCAGAUCUCUUGUUGCUUGGCAUGGGCACUUCGAAAACAAAUGCUUGGGCAGGACCUGAGCAUUGGAAAUAUCGGAAAGCUAAAGAUUUGGAGGCUGCCCCAACGUCAUCUGGUGAGUCAGAAAUAACAAAUAAGAUGAUGAAGAAAAAAGCCAAGGAUGGACCUGAUAUUGAUUUCACAAAAGCAUUGGAACAUGAGCUUCCAAAUAUCUUCGCACCUCCCAAGAAUCCGAAGUCAUUGCUGCUGUCUACAAAUAAGGCUAUCUGCAGCAAUAAACUUCCAGAGGAUUGCCAUUAUCAGCCCGAAAGCCUUGUUAAAUUAUUUCUUCUUCCAGAUGUUAUGUGUCUUGCUCGGAGAAGAAGAAAACCACUCGACGAUCCAGUGGAGAACAAUGAUGAAUUUACCCCAUCUGGACCUUGGGAUGAUGAUAACUUUUGCACCGAUCAUGUUGAUGAAGGACAUGCUUGUAGUGAUGUAGAGGAGCCAGUAAAUCUUAUCAAUAAACCGAGACAGGUCAACAAGAUUGAUAUACAAUAUGACAAGGUAUCAAAACAAGUGGAUGUUCAUGCCUUAAAAGAAGUGCUCUGGAAUCACAUCCAUACAUCUGCUGAGACCGAUUUUCAGCAGGAAAGAGAGGUAGCGGAGCCAUCGCUGCGCCUUUCUCAGGUGCUCCGUGAUCUUCCAAGCAGCAACCCAGAUGCUGCAGCAACGGAAAUCUCACCACACCUAUAUUUCAUUUGCCUCUUGCAUUUGGCAAAUGAACAGUCUUUGACGCUACGGGAUCGCCCAACAUUGGAUGAAAUUGACAUAUACAUUCCGACUUCACCGCUUGUGAAGUAACCAUGCCCCAGCUCAAUGUGUUCUACGUAGUUUUGUUAUGGGGUCAUCCUAGUUAGGCAAAUCACCGUAUAAUAUUAGAUGCUUUUGCAUUGCAUCAUGUAAUAAUAUUGUUAUGAUGGUGAUUGUAUUUUAUUUGGUGUCAUCUGACCGAAAAA